UAAAGGUUCCUGUGCAAUUAAACUACCCACGAUUUCACUACCCUCGUUUGAUGGUUCAUACGACCAGUGGUUGGAAUAUCGUGAUACAUAUCUGUCUCUGAUACAUAACUCUAAAGAAAUAGAUAAUGUUCAAAAAUUUCAUUAUUUGCGUUCUUCUCUCACGGGUAAUGCAUUGAUGGUUAUUAAAUCAUUGGAGUUUUCAUCUGAAAAUUAUAUCAUAGCAUGGGAUCUAUUGGAAAAUAGAUAUAACAAUAAUCGUUUACUUGUCCAAAAUCAUGUCAAGGCGUUGUUUAAUAUUGCAUCACUAAAUAAGGAAUCAUCAGUGCAGAUUCGUAAGCUGAUUGAUAACAUUUUGAAAAAUAUGCGUGCCCUUAAGACCUUAGGUGAGCCAACUGAGUCUUGGGAUACUUUAAUUAUUUAUUUAAUCACUUCUAAAUUAGACUCAUGCACUGAGCGUGAAUGGGAAUACUACAAAGGUACUCUCACACAAACACAGUCUGGCACACGUUUAAAAUUAAAUGAUAUUUUAGAUUUUCUUAAAAAUAGGGCGGAUGUCUUAGAAACGAUUAAUUUAUCUCACAGUAAAGGUAGCACGACGUCUGAUAACAACAUUAAAAACCGGUUGAAUACUCAAAAUAAAUCACAUAGUUUUGUAACAACACAAAAUAAACAAUCAAACACAUUAAACAAAAAUAAUUCAAAGCGUUCACGUAAUUGCAGUAUGUGUAACGAUACUCAUCCACUAUACGCAUGCAAUUCAUUUUUGAAUUUGUCAGUUAAAGAUAAAAUUAGUUUUUUAAAAGAGAAAAAGCUAUGCUUUAAUUGUUUACGCGCCGGCCAUAUUUUAUCUGAAUGUUGGUUCGGCCCAUGUAAAAUAUGUAAUCAAAAACACAACAGCUUAAUUCAUAGUGAUGACGCUUCAACAUCAUCAGCUAUGGUGCAAGUUUCAGAGUCACAGAAUGCAGUCGGUUCGCAUUCUAGUAACACAAACUUAUUGCAUUCAGCAGCACACGCAUCAAAUACGCAUAAAAUUAAUACUUCUCAUUCAUUAUUAGAGAAUGUAUUGUUAUCCACAGCUUUGGUUGAAAUAGCAGAUGCAAAUAAUACCUAUCACACUACUCGCGCUUUAUUAGAUAAUGGUAGUCAGCACUGCUUCAUUAGUCAAUCAUUAUGUCAAAAAUUAAACGUUCCAUUAAUACAGUCCACUGUUCAGGUCACUGGUGUUGGUAACUCAGUGACUCAUUCAUCAAAAUCGUGUGACAUAAAUCUAAAAUCAAAAUACACAGAUUAUAGUACUCGCUUAAAAUGUUUAGUUUUGUCUCAAAUCACGGCCCAAUUACCUGCACUAAAUAGUAAAUUGCAAAUUAGUGUUCCAAAAAAUAUUCAGUUAGCCGAUCCGUAUUUUCAAUCUCAAACUGAAAUUGAGUUGUUAAUAGGUGCAGAUAAAUUUUGGGACUUAUUAAACGAUGGCUUAAUUCGCUUAAAUAGUGGCCCGUAUUUGCAAAAUACUAAAUUGGGAUGGAUAAUAUCUGGUCCAAUAAAAAAUAAAACAUUUACUCGCAUAAAUAGGGUUCAGUGUAAUUAUUCACAAUCAUUAGAUACUCAACUUAGAAAAUUUUGGGAGUUGGAAGAAAUCACUUCAUGCAAUAAACUCACAAAAGACGAAUUAAUAUGCGAAAAAUUAUUCAAUGAAACGACGUAUCGAGACGAUGCGGGCAGAUUUUUUGUGCGCAUUCCAUUGGCUAAGGCCAGCGACACACUAGGAGAUUCAUACGCACUCGCACAAAAUAGAUUUUUCGCUCUUGAACGUAAACUAGAUCGUAGUUCACCUGAAUAUAAAAAACUAUAUUGUGAUUUCAUGAAUGAAUAUAUACAAUUGGGACAUAUGACUCGCAUUAAUAAUUAUACAUUUCCAAAUUAUUUUUUGCCUCAUCAUGGUGUGUUGCGCGAACACAGCACCACCACAAAACUACGAGUUGUAUUUGAUGCAAGUGCGAAAACUACAUCAGGUCAGUCGCUUAACGACAUACAAUUAAUAGGUCCUUGUUUGCAAAAUGACGUUUUCUCUAUAUUACUGCGUUUUCGUCAGUUUAAUUAUGUAGCAUGCGCUGACAUUGAGAAAAUGUACAGGCAAAUCAAUAUUCAAUCCGACCAAAGAAAUCUUCAAUUAAUUAUUUGGCGUGAAAAUAAAUCAGAUGAACUCGGUGUAUACCAGCUUAAUACCGUUACAUACGGCACGGCGUCUGCGCCGUACCUUAGCAUUCGAUGCAUCAAACAGCUGGCGUUAGAAUGCGAGGAUGACGUAAUUAAACGCAUUAUUGACGAGGAUUUUUUCGUUGAUGAUUUGGUAACAGGUCACGAUAAUAAAGACACUUUAAUGGACAUUUGUGGUAAAGUUUCAGACAUUUUAAAGUCGGCAUGUUUUCCCUUACGUAAAUGGAUGUUUAAUCUAGAACCUUCCCAUAGUAAAAUUACAAAAGAAUUAUCAAUUGAUCCUAACUUUACCAAUGUUACCAAGCGCAUAAUUUUAUCUGUUAUCUCACAAAUCUAUGAUCCGUUGGGUUUAUUAUCGCCAGUAAUUAUAAUAGCAAAAAUAUUAUUGCAAAGGCUAUGGCUUUGCAAGCUGGGCUGGGACGACUCCGUGCCUAAUGAUAUUUGUAAUGAGUGGCAUAAUUUUAUUAACACAUUUCAGUGCUUACAAAACAUACGCAUACCACGUCACGUGAGGGAACCCCAUUCUAAAUACACGGAUUUGCACAUAUUUACAGACGCAUCACAGGACGCGUAUGGGGCCUGCGCGUACGUGAGUACUUACAGCGAUGAUUCACCAGUGCUAGUCAGGUUACUUUGUGCGAAAAGCAAAGUCGCUCCUAUUAAGCCAGUCACUAUGCCACGGCUUGAACUUUGCGGUGCCUUAGUCGGGGCUAAAUUAUUUAAGAAAAUUAGUGAGUCAUGGAGAAUAAGUUUUAAUAAUGUUUAUUUUUGGUCAGAUUCAAUGAUUGUCGUCAGCUGGGUCAAAAUGUCUCCAAAUCUAUUGAAACCUUUUGUUCAAAACCGAGUGGUACAAAUAAAUGAUUUGACCGGUGAGUUGCCGUGGCGACAUGUCGCGGGCAAAGAUAACCCGGCCGAUCUGUUGUCACGUGGACUACCACUCGAUGCAUUACAACAAUCAGAUAUUUGGUGGCACGGGCCAGAGUUUUUGCGUGAAAUUAAAAAUGAAUCUAGUCAAAAUGAUGUUCAAGUUCUUGAUAUGUGUGAAAUACCGGAGUUAAAAUCAAAUAAUUGCACAAUAUCAUGUUUAGCUAAAUUAAAUAAUGCAUUUCCUUUUGAACGUUUCUCUAAUUGGAAUCGAAUGAGACGCACAAUGUGUUAUGUGUUGCGAUUUAUUAAUAAUUUGCGCAUAAAAAACAAAUCGCAGCGCAGCAGCGGCCCAUUCUCAUCGAAAGAGCUUACUGAGUCGGUAAAUGUUUUAGCAAAAUUUGCACAACAAGAAUCACAUCCAGAUGUUUACCACGCUUUAGUAAAUAACCUACCUAUAAAAUCUAGACAUAUUUCCGGUCUGGACGUUUUUUUGGACAAUUCGGGUCUUAUUAGAGUGGGAGGAAGAUUGCAAAAUUCUGAACAUUAUUCUUAUAAUAAAAAACACCCUAUACUUUUAAGCUCAAAGCAUAUUUUCUCUCAACUUUUGUUUCGAUUUGAACACAUUCACUUACUUCAUGCUGGACCUCAGCUGCUUCUUGCCACUAUUAGAGACAGUUGGUGGGUACUCAGAGGGCGAGAUUUGGCGAAGCAAACUGUACAUAAGUGCAUUUCGUGUACACGUCAAAGAGGAAAGACAUUAAAUAUAAAAAUGGGUAACUUACCAUCUGAACGACUAGAGCCAGGGUAUCCAUUUCAGCGUUGUGGGGUUGAUUACGCAGGACCUGUGUUCAUUUUAAAUCGAAGGGGAAGGGGGGCAAAAUUGAGCAAAUGUUAUAUAUGCCUAUUUGUUUGUUUUACUACUCGUGCAGUGCAUUUAGAGUUAGUAACGAGUCUCAGUUCUGAAGCAUAUUUAUUAGCUUUAAGAAGGUUUUUGUCUCGUCGCGGAAAGCCAGCGGAAAUAUUUUCCGACAACGGAAAAACCUUUGUAGGCGCUUUAAUUUUUUUUCACCCGAUCAAUUUAGUAAAAUUUAUGCAACUAAAGUAUAGUAAGCCUCCACUCCAGAACGUUGCUGCCCCUUCGGCCGUCAGUUCUGCGUACUAUGUGCCUUGCCCAUUGCAAAUUCAGCGUGCUAAUCGGUCGGGCUAG